ACAAAACACAACAAAAACAACAACAAACCCUGCAUUCACCUCAUCACCUCACAGUUUUAUUGCUCUUCUUCCACUCCUCCUUCUUCCUCCUUCUCCUCCUCCUUCUCCUUCAUCUUCCUUCUGUCCUCUGUCACCCACGCGCUUGCUUGCUCGCUCGCACGGCGUGUCCUGCUGCCAAUCCCUAAUCCCAAAACCCCGAUCCAACUCCCUCCACCACAAUGCCACUGAAGACGCGCAUCUUGCUUGUGCGCCACGGCGCCACCGUGCUCACCGCCGAGGACAGGUUUGCCGGUGCCACGGACGUCCUCCUCAGCGAGACUGGCGAGCGUCAGGCGGAGGCACUGCAGAAGCGUCUGGCUUCGAUGCCGAUUGCGGCCGUGUAUGCAAGCCCCAUGAAGCGCACGGUGAAGACUGCAACCAUCAUUGCCAAGCCGCACGGCCUUGAGCCCGUCCUGGAGCCAGGCAUCAAGGAGAUCUCCCACGGCCACUGGGAGGAGAUGACCCGCGCAGAGGUUGAAGAAAAACACAACGACGAGUACAUCUCCUGGGACUCGGAUCCCUUUACCUACGCCCCACCAGGCGGCGAGAGCGGGCUGGAGGUGCUGUCGCGUGCGCUGCCGCCCAUCCGCAAGAUUGUGGAGAAGCACGCUGGCGAGACGGUGCUCGUGGUCUCCCACAAGGCCACCAUUCGCCUGCUCAUCGGCUCCUUCCUCGGCUUUGAUCUCCGCCGCUACCGCGACAACCUGGACCAAAAGCCGUGCUGCCUGAACGUGCUUGACUUCACCGUGGACAAACCCAUCAAGGCGCGGCUGUCGCUGUUCAACGACAUUUCGCACUACGACAAAGCGCAGGAGAAGAAGCCGACGGGCGCUCACCUCAGCAAGACCUGGGCCGAAUGCAACGACGCCAAGCGAAGCAAGACCACGCAAUAACCAACCACCUCGCUGCCCUGCAUGCGCACGCGUUACCAUCACUCGGUGCACGUCAUCUACGACACGCGUGAUUGCGUGCAUGCAAGCACGGAUUGCGCUCUUUCCCUCUCUCCAUCCUCCCUUCCACCUUGUUACUGCCCAAACCAUGGUCCACAGCCACAGCCACAUGUGCGCUCUGUUGCUAUGUUACUCCGUGCCAUGGCGGCCGUUUGUGCCACGUUCUCCACACCCAUCUGUCUCUCUGCGUUGUUGACCUUGAUAUACAUUCAAAACCAAG